CCUGGUCUCUCCCCCCCCCCCCCCCCCAGUAGGAAUAGGGGGCAGCACGGAUAGCCACUGACGCCUCCUGCUGCAGUAGCAGCCCCGGGGCGUCGCGCGCUUGGCGUCCCUGGCUCGCGAGGCGAAUGGAACGUUGCGUUGGGCGACGGAACGUUGACCCGGGUGGCUGCGAGGUGCCGAGCUCGCGCUCGCUGAGCGGGGGCGGCGGCAGCGGACGGGCUGGACCAGCAGCCGCUGCGGGGACCGGCGGCGGCGGCUCUUUAUGCGGCUCCCAUUCUGCAGCCUGGAAUCUUCUACAUGCUUCUCAUACCGUUAUGUAGAAGGAGCUUUCUGAGUUUCAUUUGUAAAGCAGAAGACGACUAUUUUUGAUUUUUUCACAUGCAAGUAUGGACAUUAUAAUCUAUGAUGAUUACUCCAAUCCACCGCUUCAGAGAUAUUGAGAGGAAACCUGAAUACCUCCAGCCAGACAAGUGUGUUCCACCUCCUAGCCAUAGUUCCUUGGGAACAAUGUGGUUUAUUCGAGACGGCUGUGGUAUUGCAUGUGCUGUUGUUACCUGGAUGCUUGUCUUCUAUGCAGACUUUGUAGUCCUUCUUGUUAUGUUAGUUCCAUCAAGAGACUAUAUUUAUAGCGUGAUCAAUGGGAUAUUGUUCAACAUGUUGGCUUUCCUGGCUUUGGCUUCACAUUUUCGAGCUAUGCUAUCAGAUCCGGGUGCUGUGCCCAAAGGUAAUGCCACAAAAGAAUUCAUUGAGAGUUUACAGCUGAAGCCAGGACAGGUCGUUUAUAAGUGUCCAAAAUGCUGUAGCAUCAAACCAGACAGAGCACAUCACUGCAGUGUUUGCAAGAGGUGUAUUCGGAAGAUGGAUCAUCACUGUCCAUGGGUUAAUAACUGUGUGGGAGAGAAUAACCAGAAGUACUUUGUACUGUUUACAAUGUAUAUAGCACUAAUUUCCAUGCAUGCCCUAAUCAUGGUGGGAUUUCACUUCCUGUAUUGCUUUGAAGAAGACUGGACAAAAUGCAGCUCCUUCUCUCCACCAACGACAGUGAUCCUUCUUAUCCUCUUGUGUUUUGAGGCUCUCUUGUUUCUCAUCUUCACAUCUGUAAUGUUUGGGACCCAGGUACACUCCAUCUGCACUGAUGAAACGGGAAUAGAACAAUUGAAAAAGGAAGAGAGAAGAUGGGCUAAAAAAACAAAAUGGAUGAACAUGAAAGCAGUAUUUGGCCAUCCGUUCUCUAUAGCAUGGCUUAGCCCAUUCGCUACUCCAGACCAAGGAAAGGCAGACCCAUACCAGUAUGUGGUCUGAAGAAUUCUUGACCAGAAUUUCCACUAAAAUAAAACCACAUUUCAGCACUACUGUUAUAUAAUUUUUAUAUGAAUGUUUAAAACAAAACGCAAAACAGAAACUCUUUUUAUGUCUAUUAAAGGCUGUUCGUUGCAGA